AGCUCCACAUGGCGCUGAUUGCCUCAUCAUCACUCAGAAUUCAGCUUCUCGCGCGCACACAAGCCAAUGACACUUCUUCAUCCUCAAACUCAACGCCAACCCAAACCAAUUCUCUUCUUCUUCUUUACAACUACAGCUACAACGACCUCUUCUACUAAGUCUAAUACUACUAUGCCCUCUUCCCUUGCCUUCCAUGCUCAGAACGCUACCCACUUUCCGCUCCUUUCUCUUUCGCCAAACAACCUUCUCACUUUCUUCCCCUCCAACAUUCCCUUGCUCUCUCCCAUCUCCACCCAUUUACGCUCUCAAGGUCUUGGCCAUGGCCCAACACAAAUCCAAUCACUCCUCCUCUUCUCACAACCACACUAAUCGCCUUGCCCAAGAACACAGUCCCUAUCUUCUUCAACAUGCCCAUAACCCCGUUGAUUGGUAUCCGUGGGGUGAAGAAGCGUUUGCUGAAGCUCGAAAGAGAGACGUGCCCAUUUUUUUGUCAAUUGGAUAUAGCACCUGCCAUUGGUGUCAUGUUAUGGAGGUGGAGUCCUUUGAGGAUGAAGGAAUUGCUAAAUUGCUCAAUGAUUGGUUCGUUAGUAUCAAGGUGGAUCGGGAAGAAAGACCGGAUGUAGAUAAGGUAUACAUGACGUACGUGCAGGCUUUAUAUGGUGGUGGAGGUUGGCCACUGACUGUCUUCCUUUCACCUGAUUUAAAACCCCUCAUGGGUGGAACAUAUUUCCCUCCUGAAGAUAAGUAUGGAAGACCAGGAUUCAAGACUAUACUUGGAAAGGUGAAAGAAGCCUGGGGUACUAAACGUGAUACACUUGUUAAGAGUGGAGCCUUCGCAAUUGAGCAGCUUUCAGAGACACUAUCAGCAGCUGCAAGUUCUAAUAAAUUGCCAGACGGGCUUCCACAAAAUGCAUUGCGUCUUUGUGCUGAACAACUUUUUGACAACUAUGAUUCAAAAUAUGGUGGAUUUGGAUCUGCCCCGAAGUUUCCUAGACCAGUUGAGAUUCAUCUGAUGCUUUAUUGGGCCAAGAAGUUGGAGGAAGCUGGGAAGAGUGGUGAAGCAAAUAAGGAUUUGGAGAUGGUUUUCUUUAGCCUGAAAUGUAUGGCAAGAGGGGGCAUCCACGACCACAUUGGUGGUGGCUUUCAUAGAUACAGUGUAGACGAGUGUUGGCAUGUCCCGCACUUCGAGAAGAUGCUGUAUGAUCAAGGGCAGCUUGUUAAUGUUUACUUGGAUGCUUUUUCCAUUACCAAAGAUGUCUUUUAUUCAUUUAUUUCUCGAGACAUUCUUGAUUACUUGAGAAGAGACAUGAUUGGACCAGAAGGUGAAAUAUUUUCGGCAGAGGAUGCUGACAGUGCUGAAUCUGAAGGUGCUACAAGAAAAAAGGAAGGGGCCUUCUAUGUCUGGACAAGCAACGAGGUUGAAGACAUUCUUGGAGAGCAUGCAACUCUCUUCAAUGAGCACUUUUACAUCAAGUCUUCAGGUAAUUGUGACCUUUCUAGAAUGAGUGACCCGCACAAAGAAUUUGAGGGAAAGAAUGUGCUGAUUGAGAGAAAAAGCACUGGUGAACUAGCAUCAAAGUUUGGCUUGCCUGUUGAGGAAUAUCUUGAUAUUCUGGGUGAAUGCAGAAAAAAGCUUUUCAAAGAAAGGUUAAGGCGACCAAAACCACAUUUGGAUGACAAGGUAAUUGUAUCAUGGAAUGGACUUGUAAUCUCAUCUUUUGCAAGAGCUUCUAAGAUUCUCAAUGAGGAACCCGAGGGCACUAAAUUCAACUUUCCUGUGAAUGGAUGCAAUCCUAAGGAGUACUUGGAAGUAGCAGAAAGGGCAGCAUCUUUUAUCAGAAAACAGCUUUACAAUGAGCAAACACGGAGGCUACAACACAGCUUUAGGAAUGGGCCAGCUAAAGCACCUGGUUUUUUAGAUGAUUAUGCAUUUCUAAUUUCAGGGUUGCUGGAUAUUUAUGAAUUUGGUGGUGGGAUCAACUGGUUAAUUUGGGCAACUGAACUCCAAGAUACCCAGGAUGAGUUGUUUCUUGAUAGGGAUGGAGGAGGAUAUUUUAAUACCCCGGGGGAAGAUCCUUCUGUUCUUCUACGGGUUAAGGAAGAUCACGAUGGGGCCGAGCCAUCUGGAAACUCUGUUUCUGCUAUCAAUCUCGUGAGAUUGGCCUCCAUGGUUACUGGCAAUAAGUCUAAUAUCUACAGGCAGAAUGCGGAACAUCUUCUGGCUGUUUUUGAGACAAGGCUGAAAGAUAUGGCCAUGGCGGUGCCCUUGAUGUGUUGCGCAGCAGACAUGCUUUCUGUCCCUUCAAGGAAGCAAGUUGUCUUGCUCGGUCAUAAGCCUUCUUUGGAGCUCGUAAACAUGCUGGACGCUGUCCAUGCUCAGUAUGAUCCUAAUAAAACAGUUAUUCACAUUGACCCUUUCAAUGCGGAAGAGAUGCAAUUCUGGGAAGAAAACAAUAGCGACGUGGCUCUCAUGGCCAAGAACAAUUCUGCUGCAGGCAAGGUGGUUGCUCUCGUCUGUCAAAACUUUACUUGCAGUGCUCCAGUCACCGACCCGAAAUCCUUGGAAGCCUUACUCUCGCAGAAAUCUCCUUCUGCAUGAGCAGUAAUGUUUCUUCAUGUGGUUUUGUUUGAUAAACGGAGUCAAGUAAGAGACAAAAGAGUUAUACAAGAAUGAGCAAAAAGAUCAGCAAGGAGAAGACUGGGGGACGUUCUCUUCGUAGUUUGUACUUUUGAUAGAGCGCAACUUAUAUACUUCCUCUCCACUCCGAUGCCUUUGUUCAUAUAAUGUAAUCGUGUCUAAAACUGCAUAUGAUGUGGGUUUAUGAAAAGUAUUUAAUAAAUAUUAUUGAUGAUCUGAUUA